UUCGACAUCCCGAGCGAUAGAGACAAGAUGGGCCACCAACAGCUCUAUUGGAGUCACCCCAGAAAAUUCGGUCAGGGAUCCCGAUCCUGCCGGGUAUGCUCAAACAGACACGGUCUGAUCCGUAAAUACGGACUCAACAUGUGCCGCCAGUGCUUCAGACAGUACGCAAAAGACAUCGGCUUUGUGAAGCUGGAUUAAAUAUGCUGAAAGCAGAACCGUAGCCAUGUCCACCUAGCAUCUGCCUGGGAGCCCAACCUGAAGCAUGGAGUCAACGCUUUAGAUUUCAUAAUAAAGUUUUUGUUCUGUUCCAUGUCA